ACAGCUGUUCCAUCCACAACCACAGCUGCUCCAACAACUACAGCUGUUCCAACCACAACUGCUCCAAUUACAUCAACAGCUGCUCCUACAACAACCACAGCUUCUCCAACCACAACAACAAGCUGCUCCAACCACCACAACAGCUGCUCCAACCACAACAACAGCUGCUCCUACAACGACCACACCUGCUCCAACAACAACAACUCUGCUCCAACCACAUCAACACCUGCUCCUACAACAACCACAGCUGCUCCAACCACAACAACAGCUGCUCCUACCACAACUACAGCUGUUCCAACAACAACUAUCCUUCCAAUCACAUCCACAGCUGCUCCAACCACAACAACAGCUGCUCCUACCACAACUACAGCUGCCCCAACCACAACUACAGCUGUUCCAACAACAACAAGUAUCCUUCCUGUCACAACCACAGCUGCUCCAACCACAACUACAGCUGUUCCAACUACAACUGUCCUUCCUAUCUCAACCACAGCUACUCCAACAACAACAACAGCUGCUCCUACAACAACUACAGAUGCUCCUACAACAACCACAGCUGUUCCAUCCACAACCACAGCUGCUCCAACAACUACAGCUGUUCCAACCACAACAACUGUCCUUCCAAUCACAACCACAGCUGCUCCAACCACAACAGCUGCUCCUACAACAACCACAGCUGCUCCAACCACAACAACAGCUGCUCCUACAACAACCACAGCUGCUCCAACUACAACUACAGCUGUUCCAACAACAACAACUGUCCUUCCUAUCACAACCACAGCUGCUCCAACCACAGCAACAGCUGCCCCUACAACAACCACAGCUGUUUCAUCCACAACCACAGCUGCUCCAACCACAACGACAGCUGCUCCUACAACGACCACACCUGCUCCAACAACAACUGUCCUUCCUAUCACAACCACAGCUGCUCCAACCACAACAGCUGCUCCAACCACAACAACAGAUGCUCCUAUCACAACCACAGUUGCUCCAACCACAACAACUGCUGCUCCUACAACAACCACAGCUGUUCCAUCCACAACCACAGCUCCUCCAACCACAUUAACAGCUGCUCCUACAACAACCACAGCUGCUCCAACCACAACAAUAGCUGCCCCUACAACAACCACAGCUGCCCCAACAACGACCACACCUGCUCCAACAACAACUGUCCUUCCUAUCACAACCACAGCUGCUCCAACCACAACAACAGCUGCUCCAACCACAACUACAGCUGUUCCAACCACAACAACAGCUGCUCCUACAACAACCACAGCUGCUCCAACCACAACAACAGCUGCUCCAACCACAACUACAGCUGUUCCAACCACAACAACAGCUGCUCCUACAACAACCACAGCUGCUCCAACCACAUCAACAGCUGCUCCUACAACAACCACAGCUGCUCCAACCACAUCAACAGCUGCUCCUACAACAACCACAGCUGCUCCAACCACAACAACAGCUGCCCCUACAACAACCACAGCUGCUCCAACAACAACUGUCCUUCCUAUCACAACCACAGCUGCUCCAACCACAACAACAGCUGCUCCAACCACAACUACAGUUUUUCCAACCACAACAACAGCUGCUCCUACAACAACCACAGCUGCUCCAACCACAUCAACAGCUGCUCCU